CAAGCAGCUGUAUCGUUGGUGUCUUUCACAUACUUUAUUGUAAUUUUCAACAAGACUCGUCCGACGACAUACACACCAGUCAACCAUCGGCAAGACUGAACAACCGCCCAAUUUAUACCCAUCAUGUCACCAAACGUCGUCAUCAGUUCGAACGCUGAGUUCGAGUCAAAACUGGCAACGUUCCGCGACCAAUCUCUAAAACCCGUCGAAGUGUAUGCUCUCGCAACCGAGCUCACCAAGCUUAUCGCCAAAGAUGCCAUCAAGCCAAUUGCGCCCGGCGAGAAAGUGGCCAUUGUUGUUGUCCUACGCUCAGGCAUGGUUAUGAGCGAGCCUUUUACAUCACAGUUGCCGACCGACACAGAUUUGGUCGUCUACCAUCUCGGCUUAUUUAGAGAUCCAAAGUCUCUGCAGCCAAUAGAGUACUACAACAAGCUCCCAACCAAAAACCCAAACAUCACCCACGCCUACGUCCUGGAUCCCUUGCUGGCAACUGGCGGUACCGCCUCUGCAGUCAUUAGCAUUCUCAAGGAUUGGGGCCUACAAGAAGUUACAUUCGUCUCACUUCUGGCCAGCAAGAUCGGAUUGGAGAAGGCUGGUGAGGUAUGGCCUGAAUCUUCGCGCUUCGUUGUUGGAGCCGUUGACCCAGAAGUUGACAGCCACGGCUACGUGAAGCCGGGCCUUGGAGAUAUUGGCGAUCGUCUGUUCGGCACUGGCAAAAAUUGAAAUGACACGCGCGACGAGUGUAUAGAUCCUCCAAGUUUCAACGUGGUAUAUGUGUAGCGUCUUAGAUGGGAUCUUAUUGCCCCGUAUGCACAAAAUGAAGAAAC